AUGCCCUUUCUUGGCCUCUUGGUUGUGUUGUUCCUGUUUGUCCGCGCUCUUUCUCGGUGCUUGUGGAAAACCGUUGCUCCAUCUUCCGUAACAACUGCCAGUAUUUGCGACGACGUCGAAACCCCGCCUGUAGACCACCACGCUAGCCGGUCCCUGCGCAAAACUUCAAGACCUCAACAUCAUACCUUUCCAACUCCAGUCGACAACUCCGAACCCACAAUCAUGGCCUCGUUUUUCCAGAACCUUUGGGAGUCCAUCUUCACCCCAGGACCGACGCCAACGCUCCUUGUAGCCACGAAUGUCACCUUUGCCGCCCUGCAGGUGGUGUUGGCCGCCAUGUUGCUUGCCACAUACAGUAUUCACUUUAUUAUCCUCUCGGGUAUCUGUGCCGGCCUGUGGAUGUCUAUCAAUUGGUUCGCGGGCGAGUUGAUCAUUCAUCAAAUACAGGAGGAAGAGAAGGCGCGAAAGGCCAAGGCGGCUCAGAUCCCAACAUCCUCCGACGACAGCGAGACCGAGGUGGAGGCAUCGAAGUCAACGGCGAGCUUAGGCAAAGGGAAGAAGCCAACACCGGAAGCAGCGGCGGUCAGCACCGUUGUCGAGCCAGCAGAAAACCAGGGCGAGUUGAAGCUGAGGGUACCAGCGGAGGAGCCAGGAUCUAGCCAGGGACUUAAAAGCGGCGUCAGCACUGAGGAUGAAUGGGAGAAGGUCUCUGAGAAUGAGAACGAGAAGGAGAAAUAAAUGUGCGAGCCACCUAUGUACCAUAAGCUAAACCAGCUUAGAGAAACACCAAUCAAGACGCAUAGCGAGAAGUAGUUGUACAUAGUCGAAGUUUGGUCUGGGGGUGGUCUCUCAUCUUAGUCUAGAUCUGCGCUUACUACAUUACCCAUGGUAGCUUCAGGGCCUAUUUUGGCUAUACAUCAAUGCAUACUGGAGGAGAAUUCGAAAGCAUACGAUGUGGAACGGCAGGAGAUAGUACUCCUUAAUAGAGCAGUGUUGGUACAGCAGUUGACAACACGGCAAACAAC